CUGCAGUGGUCACUCGCAAAAGCAACUUCGGGAGCCGGAGACUGCGGCAUCAACUAGCGAGGGGAGAGGCGGCCAAGCAGUUGCAGAGAUGCCCGCAGACUGGCUGGGAGUCGCUUUGCUGGGACUUCAGCUGUGCUCUGGGACACUUGCCUUGGAGGUUUCGGUGGGCAAGGCACCUGUUAUUUAUGCAAAGAAUGGCACCAAUGUGCUGCUGCCCUGCACUUUCAACUCCUGCAUCGGCAUUGAGAAAGCCAACUUCUCAUGGAGCCACAAUCAGACUGAAAUCUUCAAAGGGGUCAUAAAGAACAAAGACUCCAAGCCUGAGCCAUACGCAGAGUACAAGUCCAGCCUUAAGCACAUGUUGCCACCUGACCUAGCUCUCAGCAAGGACAACCGGGAGUUCAAUGUUUCCCUCCUGCUGCUUGAUGCUGACUUUGAGGACUCUGGGCCAUACACCUGCUUGGUCAAGAACCCCAAGGAGAAGGAUGCCAAUCACAGUGGCACCUUCACUCUCAAGGUGGUCGUGGCGUUGGAGAAGGUUGACAACACACUGACGCUGAUCAUUUUGUCUGUUGCGGGUGGUGCCAUUGGGCUCCUCAUCCUUAUCAUGCUGGCCAAGAAACUGGUCCUCUUCCUUCUCAAGAAGACACGGAAACAGAAGGAGUGCCUUGUGAGUUCUUCAGCAAACGAGAACACUGAGAAUGGACUGCCUGUCGCCAAAAUAGCCCCUAAAUCAGCACCAAAAGCCUGACUCCAUGAACUGCAGGUCUCUGGGAUCCAACCCUCCAAGCUGACCUGCCAGACAACGGGACUCACGCAAGGGGAGGAGAGGACCCUCUUUCAAACAACUGCUGCUUCAGACAUGACUGUUACACAGCUGGCUGCAAAAGGCGCUUCUUCUUGGGUGAAACUGCAGAGCCGGAUGGCAGGCAGGGCAUUGCUCAUGGUCUGAGGGGUGGCGGGGAUGAGGUUGCAGGGCUGUGGGCUCAGGCAGGCCUUCAGCUUCAAGAAGCCACGUAGUUCCAAGAAUGCAGUAGAUGGGCACUAGACCAAAGACUUGGUUCUCCUUCUGAUAAGGGGCAAUCAAGCGUCAGCAACAUUGGGUGGGUGGAAAUGCCACCUUCCUGCCUCAGAAGGUAGAGGAGAAAGAGAUGAAUGAAGGGGCAGGGGUGGGAAGGUGGGUGUGCUUUAACCACAUCUUGAAACCAUAGCUGAUCUUGUUGCUCCUCUGCUGAAUCUUGGUUUCUGUGCUGCAUUCUUAUGAGGAGGGAGGUGGGCACUGCUUUGCUGGAGGCCCAGUGGAGCUGGGUUCAUGGUCUCCUUACCCCCUUCAGGGGUCAGGGUUGGGGGUGGCUGCACCUGACCUGGGUCUUUCUCCAGAUCUCCUCCCGGCAAGAGAGCAGAGCAGAUGCGCAGCAAUGCCUUAAGACGGGAGCCAGGCGGUGGCUUCUUUGCAUGGUCUCUUGGCCUGAGGCUGCCCUGGCUCAGGGAGCAACCCGACGCCCAAGUGCUCCCCUGCCUUGCCCCAGAUCCUUCCUCUAGCCUUCUCUUCUUCUCUUGCAUGCUCAGUUCCUGGUCUCCUUGCCAGGGAGAGGGGAGCGAAGGGGCUGCAGCCCCAG